GAAUAAGACACUUAUCCGGACUGCUGCUGUCGUGCCGUACGCGGAGUUUCCUCCCAAAUAACUGGAUUUUUCCGAAUCAGAAAGUGUGCAUCGCUUCAUCUUGUUGUUUGCGAGGCUCCAGCUCUUCAAACGGAGAGACUUUCAACUCGAAGGAAAAGUCACCAUGGCAGAGACGUCGGCUGCUCCGACCAAAGCCAAGAAGGCGACCAAGGCUAAAAAAGCUGCAUCUCACCCCAAAUACUCGGAGAUGAUCAUAGAGGCCAUCACCAAGGACACCAGCCGCGGCGGCUCGUCCCGCCAGUACAUCAAGAAGUACGUGAGUCAGAACUACAAUGUGGGCAACAACGCCGACGCUCAGAUCAAACUGGCGCUGAGGAGGCUGGUGACGUCCGGAGACCUGCGCCACACCAAGGGCAUCGGCGCGUCCGGAUCCUUCAAGUUGGUCAAAGCCGACGAAGCCAAGAAGCCCGCCAAGGCGGUGGCCAAAACCAAAAAGGCGCCCAAGCCCAAAAAGGCGCCCAAGCCCAAAAAGGUGCCCAAGACGGCUGAAAAAACCAAAAAGGCAGCGGCGGCGGCCAAGAAAGUGAAGAAGGUCACGAAGAAAGCGGCCACUUCGGUGAAAACCAAGAAGUCACCUGUGAAGAAAACCAAGCAGGUCAAGCCCAAGGCGAAAAUCGCCAAAAAGGCAACCAAGCCCAGAGGCAAGCCGGCCAAGAAGGGGGCCAAGUCAGGCAAAAAGAAGUAAAGGACAAUAUCAGCAGAAGUCACUGUAAAUACUUUAACCAAAUGUUUGGUAUAUGUAUUAUUUUUGUAUGGUCUCAUGCAAACUCGUACUGUUUUUACCAGUAGUUUCCUGUUCAUUGCACUAAAGAUGCUGUAGAAAUAAGUUAACUGUAUUUUAAUUUGGCAUUAAAACAGCUUUAUUUGUGUCUGGUCUU